AUGGGGAAAGGCUUCCAAAAUUUUAUGUCCAAGAAGGACUUCCAUCCAAGUGCAUGGUGGAAUUUGAAGAGGGUAUGGGAAGUCCGCCAAAAAAAGGCCAUUGAUGACAAAAGACAGGAAGAUCUUCGCGUACAGUACGAAAAAGAGCAAGAAAUGUUGAACAACAAGGCUUUGCUCGGUGACGAAAAAGCGAAGAUGGGACUAUCGUUCAUGUACGAUGCACCAGCUGGAAUGGCUAGAAAAGAGGAGCCCAAAGAAGAGCCAAAAUUCGAAUGGCAACGCAAAUAUCAUGCUCCUCGUGAAGAAUGGGCCAAGGACAAUGACCAAAUCCAAGAUCAACCUUUCGGUAUACAGGUUCGAAACGUACGAUGUUGCAAGUGUCAUAAAUGGGGUCACUUGAACACGGAUAACGAAUGCCCACUUUACGGCAUGAGCGGAAACUAUGAAGAUGCUGGAUAUGCGAACAACCCGUCAGAUUUGAUCAAAGAGUUACAAAAAGAACGACAAGCUGUUGGUCCAUCUCGUGUAAAGGAAGAUCGUAUGGAAAAAGGCGCUUUCAUGGAUCGUACGCAGCUGGCUGAAGAAAUGAAAGAUACACAUGGUCUCCGCCUCAAAGGAAGUGUUUUGAAUGUAAUCCGUGAAGAUCAAGAAGUGAGCACCUUGAAGGCAGAACCAAACGAGGCUGAACAGAUGAAAAUGUUCCUUGCCAGUCUUACAGACAAAGAAAAAAAGAAACUAAUGAAAAAAUUAGUUGGUGCUACGGAAGGGGAUAAGGAUAAGAAGAAAAAGAAGCGUAAGGAAAAAAAGCGGGACAAAAAGAAAAAACACGGUGCCAAAAAUGAAGAAAAAAAGCAAAUAAAGAGAGAGCGCCCCGAUUCGUCGUCGUCGCAGUCUUCAGAUGAUGAUGAGGCUGUGAAAAAAAGCAAACGUCGACGAAGAUCAAAUAGCAGAGGGAAUACGAUUCUCAUACAAACAUCUGAAGAUUCAUCUGAUGUGAAGAGAGAAACAAAUGUCCGGGACCAAGGUCGUCGACGACAUGAUUCUAGUAGUGACGAAGAGUUGACAACGUCAAAGCAUGAAUACACUGCAAGAUACGAGUCACAGAAAUGUAUACGAAAUUCAUGCAUUGAUGAAGAUACUAAAGGGUCUAACAAGAAGUCGAAGACUAAUGAGAAGAAAUUUUCUCGCGGGAGGGAUCGUAGUCAAAAGGACUCAAGGAGUAGCGAUGAUGAUCGAAAAUUGCAAAGCAGCAGCAGCGGCCACAACGCGGUAAAAGGGAAACAUCACGAGGAGGCGAGCAAACGAAGAAGACGUCGUUCAUCUUCUUCAUCUCCGCACAACCGGAGAAGACGUUCAGUAACUAGAUCAAGAUCUCCGCGUGACAGGCGACGAUAG